AUGUCGCUUCUAAUAUGCAAUUUCCAUGGAAGUUUUCGUGCUGCCGGAAUAGUUAACGAAUUCUUUUGGGAACAUCGCUAUUUUUUGGCCAACGGCAUAUUUGCAUCAGGCAAUUCGCAGCACGGUGUUGAGUGCUUUGGUUGCGAAGUCCUUGAUGUGUUUGGGCUGGUCGAUAGUAUGAAUCUUGCAUUAUUCGUAUCUGCCGUUAUAUCAGCCCUCCUAUCUUCGAUCUGUUAUCUCCUCAUACUCCUUUUCAUCAGGAAGUGUGCGCUAUGGACAAGAAGGCAAGCAAUACUGCUUGUCGUACAGAUCAGCGGCCUAGUACUCUCUCUUUUGAUAGUUUCUGUGUUCUAUCUAUGCUGCUAUCUACCGUUCACAAAAAAGACUCCUUUCGCGCCGUUUGUUGCUGCGACUUGCACGCUGUCAGCUGAAUGCGCAAGAUCAGAUCACCUGCAUAGCGAUCACACACGCAUGGUCAAAGAGAGCAGCGUAAUACAAGUUAUUAUCAAAUGA